GCAGAGUUCUCUUUCCGUUUAUAUCAGAGAGCCCAAUGGAGUCUUCAGAAGAACCCAGCCAGAUUAGAAGGGAUAACUUAUUAGAAAUUCCUGCUUUAAAUGAUUCCCUCUCAGAAGAUGAAGAUAUUAAAGAAACCCUUAAGCCUCGUUUCUCUCCCCUUCCCCGAAGGCGGAAUUCUGCUUCUUCAGAAGACAUGGAACCAGAAGCCCCAUCUACCAUUACAAGAAAAGUUUCGUUUGCAGAUGCAUUCGGCUUUGAUCUUGUGUCUGUUAAAGAGUUUGAUACCUGGGAAGUUCCAAUCACAUCAAAAAAUGAUGACUUAGAACUUAAAGUUUUAACUGCAGAGGAAUUUUUCCUCUCUCCACUGUUUGUAUUACCUGCCUCACAAGAAGACCUUUUGCAAAAAGUCCGUGUAGAGAAGGUAGUGCUAGAGUCAAUUGAAUUUCUUCCUGGGAUAACAUGUAUGAAGGGCAUUAUUCGAGUUCUAAAUGUAUCUUUUGAAAAGUUGAUUUAUGUGAGAAUGUCAUUGGAUGAGUGGCUAACUUACUAUGACAUCUUAGCAGAAUAUGUACCUAAUUCUUAUGAUGGUGAAACCGACCAGUUCUUCUUUAAGAUUUCAUUGGUUCCUCCUUAUCAGAAAAAUGGAGCUAAAGUUGAAUUCUGUAUACGUUAUGAGACAUCUCUUGGUACGUUCUGGGCAAAUAACGAUGACAAAAAUUACAUACUACUUUGCCAUAAGAAAGAAACUGUGCAAGAGGUGGAUGAUGCAACUAAUGAAGAGGCUACUGACAAAUACAUCAAAGGCUGCUUAAAGACAACACCAAGCAGCAAAGAAGAAAUACUGGCACUGUCUGAUGAAGACAUAUGGAAUAAUUCAAGGACUUCAGAGGUAAACAUCCCUGAAAUUGUCUAUUCACAUGAGGAGGACAAAGGCAGUGAAUCGAAUAGUGAAAAUGUAAAAGAUAUAAAUGUUGAAUGCAAUGAAGAUGAUAACGAAGAUAAUGAAAAAGAAUUAGAGUUGCUGCUAAGGCAGCAGUUCACAAGAACUAGAGGUACUUCUUCCAGAGAUGAAAGGAAUUUAUAUACAACAGAGCCAGUUAAUUUUCCAAAUGAAGCUCAAGGACUGGAGAAUAAGCUAAGACUUAUGGAAACAAGCACUGACUUGCUCAAGCAGCCUGUACCUAUCAUUUCUCCUUCAGAAAAUACUUUACAAGAGCUAGGAGAAGAAUUACAUGAUGACAAAAAGUAUUCCAUAAGUUAUGAUUAUAGUCAGCCAUUAGCAGAGGAACUUACUGCAGGUUCUGUAAACAAUAGUAAGCAGCCUUUGGAAUGCAUUGGUACCAGUGAAAUGCUUUUAUCACAGGAAUAUUUCCCUGGAACAAUUCAAAAUGUGAGUAUCCAUAUUACAGAUACUGUCUCAAAAAGACAAGGAAUAAGCCAGGUAGACAUUUCAAAAGAUGAAACAGAUAGCGCAGCAGGAAGCAAAAUGAUGGCGAGAUUAUUUAUCAGUGAAGAUGAUGUUGAUAAGUACAAAGAGGCCUGGGAAACAAGACCAGAAACAAUUUCUUCGGAACAUGAUGAAUCACAGAAAUUAAAUACACGUGUAACCGAAGCACUGGAUGACAAUGCUAACCCAGCUCCAGAGCGACACAUUCUGCAAACAUCUCACCUAAUGCUGGAGACUGUAUUGCCAGACAGUGACAAAACUGAAGAAAAAACUGAAGAUAUAUAUGCUGGUACUUUUUCACAUUCUGAUGUCUCAAUAGAUUCCUCAAAAAACCCAUAUUCAGAAAAAGAAGUUGUGGUAGAAGCAUCCAAAAAAGUCUGUAACACUUAUUUAGGAAAAGAGGAGAAAGAAAUGAAGUUAGAUGAGUUAGGACUGAUUAAAGAGCAGGAGAGUGGCGACACCAUAACUGCAAAACUUUUCAGUGUUCAUGGAAAAUAUAUUAGUGAAGCAAAAAACACAACAUUGCCAUCAGCUUCAGAUGAUAAACACAAAGCCAAGCCUUCACAAUCAGAAGACCAGCUGAUUUUCCAUGUAGCUGAUGAAAGAAGAGCUGGAGACACUCAUGAAUUCAACCAGGUGACUUGUCUAAAAGAUAGCAGAAGCCCCAACAAUAGAAAUGAAGGAAAAGAAAUCACAAGCUCUAUUGAAGGCCAACAGGGGAAAGAGGACUAUAGUGACUUAAGUGAUUACUUGAAAACAGACAGUAGAUACCCUGAUGCCACUCAGAGUAAAAUGACUGCCUUUCCCACUGGUGACCCAGAAUUUGCAGUGACAACUCGCAAAACAAAAGUUACAAGCACUACAUCAUUGAACCCAGAGGAUACACCUGAUACUAAGGAGAAUGAUCCUGAGCUUUCUGAGGAAAAAAUGUACAGCCAAGAUAAUUUCACAACAAAAAAAAGUAUUUUGGAGACAGAGCCUUGUCACCUUGAAACUGAGAAAUCGGACAGCAUAGUUACAGAUGAUCAGAGCAGGGUAGUGUGUGAAAAUCAAAGGUGGUGUGUUUCGGGAAGUAAGCCAGUAGAAAGAGAGACUGAGGCAAAUAGAACAGAAGAGAUUAAAGAGCAAACAGAUGGUGAAGUCAUGUUGGGAAUGAGGAAUAAGACAAGGUAUUUGAAUGUUACUCCCACAGAAGAAUUGUUUACCUGCCAAGAGACAGUGGGAUUUGAAAAGUCUCCUGUAGCUGAACAUGGUAAUACAGAGGAAGCAGAAGCAGGUACAGCUUAUAUAAUUAAAACAACAUCAGAAAGUGCUUCAGAAAAAAUGUCUGCUAGUGAAAAAGCAGUAAUUGCUAAGCUACCUCAAGAGACUGCACUAAGUGACAGGCCCACAGAGGAAAAGGAAACAGCGUUUGAUACACAUGAAGGGAGAAAUGAUGGUUCACAUUAUACUCUUUGUCAACGCAAUACAGUGGGUGUAUUAUAUGACACCGAAUUUGAAAAGGAAUCAGUUUUAGAUAUUUAUAAUGCACACGUAUGUGAAACACUGCAAGGAGAAAUGAUGUCUGUGUGCAAUACCAAGGAAAAAGUUUCCAAAGCAGAACAAGAUAUUGGAAAUAAUCCACCUGUAGAGGAAACAUUACAGGCUUUUGCAAUAGAAGGAAAAGCUGGUUUUGAGCAGGAUUUAUAUUCAGAAGAAUCAUUGAAAGUCCACCCAGAUCCCAAGCAGUGUCUGUACAGUGACAAAACUGAAGAAUUGUAUAAAGAAGAAAGAACUCUUGGAACACACUCCCAUUCAGAAGCCAAAGGUGAAACAAAACCAUCACCCUCAGAUAUAAAUAUUGUGCCUGAUUAUCAUUAUGAAAGCUCUCCAGUGACAACUUCUGAAGAAUCUACUGAGGUGGUUACAGCUACGGUAGAAAAUACAAAGCAUCCAUACACAGCCUCUGCAUUCAAAUCCAUUGCCAAUAUUUCUGUUGAGUCAGGAUAUCAUUUCAACCUACCAAGCGAAAUGACAUAUAUUAAUAAAAACAUCAUUGCUGAGGCUGAACACAAAGAUCCUGAGACUUCGCACCUAUUGACUUCGAGUGAUGACAGAGAAAGGAAUAUAGGCCAGUGUUUCCAUAAAGCUGAGUUCAGAGAAGAGGAGUCAUUAGGGCCAAUGAUUUUAAUUAGUGAGCCUAGUGAAGAAAUAGAAGAGAGAAGCUCUGAAGCUGAAGGUUUACUGACCGAAGGGAAAAUAUUAAACUGGCCUGAUGACUCUCAGCAUGAAAACCAGCACAUUUCUGAUUCUUCAGAUAUUUCUGACCAGAACAGUGAAGCACAUAGUUUAUCUACAGAGUGUCAGGUUUUAAAGCAUAUCAGUUACAGAAUCUUUAAUUUCCUCUUGUUUGCUGUAUUUGUUAUAACAACCUACCACUAUGAUUUAAUGGUUUGCUUUGCAUUCUAUCUAUUUUCUUUGUACUGGCUACACUGGGAGGGAGGAAGACGCAAGGAAUCUGUCAAAAAGAAGUAACGUUAAGUUUCAUGGUUUACAUGCUGUACUUAAAGUUUGAGGUUGAUUACUUUCCCUCUCCCCC